AUGGGCAUCGAGCGAAUCCUGACAUCCUCAGAGCGCGACUUCGUAGCAAAGUCGGAGUGCAUUGCCAAAUACCAGAACCAGGGCCGCAGCGCCGCGAGUUUUGUGUUGGGCCUCUCCGCGUCCAACGGCCGGGUCCGACGGGCAAGGCAAGCAGACGUUUGGUCUACAUUGGCUGGGCGAACUAGCAUCGACUGGUCGCGUGUUUUUGUGUUCUUGGUCGAUGAGCGCUAUGGAUGGAAUUGUCAAGAGGAGAGCAACUCCUUCCUCAUCCGUGACACACUCAUCAAGAAUUUGCAUCGACGCAGCGCUGGCUUCCCUGAGUCAAACCUGAUUCUGCCCAACACUAGCCUCGAUUCGGCGCAGGCAUGUGCCGAGGACUAUCAAAGCCGACUUUGCGACAUGUUGGAGAAGGAGCACGGCCCACACCUGGUCACUAUCGGCCUAGGCUCAGACGGACACAUUGCCAGCGUUUUCCCUGAGUGGUACAAGGCGGUUCCAGACCGCUGGAGCAUGGCGACUCAGAAGAAGCGCUCUGUCCUUGUCACAGAGACGUCAGAGUUUGAGGUGAGGACGAGGAUCUGCGUGAAUCUGCGCGUCAUCCGAGAGGCCAGCAACAUCCUCGUGACUCUUCAAGAGGGGUCUGAAGAGGCUUGGACAAACGUGAAGCGAUCUUUCGAUGAGGAGAGGUUCGGUGAAAAACGAUUUGCAAAGCGAGCGAAGGUGGUGGAGCCAACAGGAGUCGUUGUCUCCACGGACGGCUUUCUCAUGGUGCAUGCCAAAGGCCGCAAGCCGAAGCCAGCUCCCAAACCGCCGGACUCCCCCUUGCACUACGUGUUGAGGUACAGCAAUAUUUCUGCAAUGCAGCUGGCUGUGGACAGGGAGAGUCAUUAUUCGUUUGUAGUCAUGGGAGCGGCAGGAGAUCUGGCGAAGAAGAAGACUUUCCCAUCGCUGUUUCAGUUGCACCUGGGGCGGCUGCUGCCAGGCAGCAUGCAGAUAAUCGGAGUCGACGAUCCGAAGUUCCACCAGGACGUGACAAACGUGUCAGACUUCUGGGACAAGCGGCUGCGAGAACACCUCGAGAAGCAGAAAGGUUGGGUCAACGAGGACGUGGAAAACUUCAAAAGGCGAUUGCAUUUCAUCCACGUGCAGCUAGACCAGCCGGAGACGAUGAGUGCCUUGGACAGGCGUUUAAGGGAACUGGCUGAGGGUCGUCCGAAAGAGCAUCGUGUCUUCUACCUAGCCUUGCCGCCCUUCCUUUUUGCACAAGCCGUCGAGCACUUGCGAGAGCGAUGUUGGUCGGAUACCGGUUGGAACCGUGUGGUGGUUGAAAAGCCCUUUGGCAAGAAUGGUGGCGAAGCAGCUGCACUGUCAAGCAGCCUGAAGAAGUACCUUGACGAGAAGGAGAUUUUCCGCAUGGAUCACUACCUCGCGAAGACUUUGGUCUUGAAUCUGUUGACUUUGCGCUUCGCGAAUCGCGAAUUGGGACAUCUUUUCCAUUGCCAUCAUGUAGCAAAUGUCAGGAUAACUUUCAAAGAGGCGAUCGGCGUGCAGGGGCGUGCAGGCUAUUUCGAUGGCUACGGCAUCAUCCGCGACAUUAUGCAGAAUCACCUCAUGCAAGUGCUUACCCUGGUUGCCAUGGAGGCCCCGGCUACACUCGAAGCUGAAGAUGUUCGGGACGAGAAGGUGAAGGUGUUGAAGCAAAUCAGGCCCAUCUCACCACGUGAUUGUGUAAUCGGCCAGUACGAAGGCUACCAGACGGACCCUGACAUCCAAAAGAUCAAUCUCAAGCAAGGCUACGCGUCUCGCUGCCCGACGUUCGCAGUCGCAGUGCUCUACUUGGACAACGAACGCUGGUCUGGAGUUCCAUUCAUCAUGAAAGCCGGCAAAGGUCUGGAGGUUCAACAGACCAUUGUGCGCAUACAGUUCAAGAAAGCUCCUCCAAGCAGCCUCUUUGGUGAGCAACCUCAAAACGAGCUGGUGAUCCGGAUCCAGCCCAACGAGGCCAUCUACUACAAGAUGCUCGCCAAGAUGCCUGGCCUGACGCAGCAGGCUCGUGAUGUUGAGCAGACGGUGCUGGAUUUGGUUGACUUGACACGAAGUUGUCACGGUGCGCAAAUCCUGAAAGUUGCUGGUGCCCUGCAGGAUCCGUCGUACUUCGACGUGGAAGAGCUCAGCUGCAAUGGCUUGCAUGAAAAAGCAGUCGAGAGGUGUUGUGCAGCAGCACCCGCCGAGAAAGUCGUGGCUGUGCUGCAGCUUGCAGCCAACCAUAACCGUCAGCAGCUGGCCUCACUGGAAGGGGCCAUAUCCACCGCUCUGCAAAUGCAAGAACAGCUUCAAGAUGACUGCCGAGGCAUUCAAGAGGCCCUGCUUGUACCCCGAGCUGGAGCCCUGAAGGUGAUGCUGCAUGACGCUUUGGACUCGCUGGAGUCUGUUAAGCACUUGGUGCUCUCAGGCCUCUGUCGAUUCUGCUACAAGGUCGAGGACGAGGAUUUGGCAGUCCUAGAGGAACAGCUUACCGCCAAAGGCAUUGCCGACACAUUGGCAAAGUUCCAGCGCCUGCAGGAGAACAUCGAUGAACAGUCUCUUGUCGUCGCAGAGCUUGACGUGGAGAGGCGAUGCCUACCGCACUAUGUUGCAGAGCAGCUCGUUGGGGUCACAGUCAGUGUCGAACACGGGCUGGAAGAAGCCGUCGCAGGUUUGCUGCAGUGGCCGAUCGCGCGACGUCUCCAAGGGCCGCGGUUGGCGCGGAUGGCGAUCCUGGAGGAGGGCUUUUUGGACGACUUUCACGAGGCUGCCGAACGUCUCUUCAGUGCCGUGAUUGCAGCCCCUGCUCGGCUUGGGCACCAGCUGGACAUCCUUUGCUUCGCAAUAUCUCCAAGGAACCAUUGGUCCCAGGGUCAUCCAACGGCCCAGAUUCUGUGGGGCUUGGCACCUGAACUGCGCGGUCUGGGGUCAGUGGAGGACGAGGAUCUCCCGGAUGCAGAGCCUGCAAGGACUACGACGCUUCCUCCAAGAAUGGCCAACGAGUCUGACCCGACUCCGGAUCCGGAUGCGGCUAUGGGGUUAGUGGUGUUGAUCUCCAAUCACACCAGCGAGCAGACAGUUCAGGACCUGACCAAUCGGCUGGAGGGUCCACACUGUCUUUUCCUGGAAGACAGUUGUGGUACUGCAUUGGAGGCAUUGGGCUACAAUUGCCAUAGCGGCGACCCCGACAAGCCGAAAUGUCUUCAUCCGACACACGCAUCUACUCUCGCGACAAUUAAGGAUAUCUGGCCAGCGGACCUUCAACCACACUUCGGUUGGCGGCGGCACGCUGCUACUCUGAGUGCCGCCCAUGCAGCGUGGCACCUGGGCACCGCAAUCUGGGGACCCACAGCAUCGGUAUGGCUGAUGGACUUUCGCCCUGAAGCAGCGUGCCCGGGACUCCCCCUGGCGGCAGCGGUUGAAAGCGUGCCGUCUGCAAGGAUUCAGAUCGUGAAGGAUCCGGAAGUCUUAUUUGGCAUGGACCCUCGAUCAGUGCGACCGAUCACAGACCAAGCGCUGCGGCAGGAAGAUCCGGAUACCUUGUCCGCACGAACUCCUCUAGCGGUGCGCAUCUCCAAGUACAUAGCCUUCCACCAAGCAGCUGUCGUGAACCUCAAGUCGCGUGCGUCUGGACAGCCAGAGCGCGCUGGAAACAAGGCUGCAGGCAAUGCGAAGAUAUUGGUCUACAGCUGCACACCCUUUGCUCAAUGUGGCGGUCAUGGUGAUCGCCUGAACGGGAUCAUCACGACUUUCCUGCUUGCAGUGCUGACUGGGCGCGCGUUCUUCAUCGACUCGGAGAGCCCUUUACCUUUGCAACUUCUGCUCCAGCCCCGCAGUAUCGACUGGCGAGUCUCCGGUGGUCUAAAGUCAACAGCCGGGCUCCGGCACCUGUCCUACCACGACAAGCGCUGGCAGUUCGAGGCUGACUUGGAGAAGCUCGCAGCCUCUGACGAAGAGGUGCUAGUCAUCAACAUGAACUACCGGAUGAUACGAUCGCUAUUCGAGGCUCCGGCAUUCCGCAAAGCCGCUCAGCAGCUAGGUUUGCCACAUAAUUCGCCGCCAUUCCUUGCUGCAGAGAUCUUUGACGUGCUCUUCGGGCCCACACAACUGCUCCGACAAGAGUUGCAUUCACUUCGCACCGAGCUUUCGCUGAGGAGAAGCAUUGCUUUCAUCGGCAUCCAUCUGCGUACGGGGCAAAUUGCGUGGGAUCCGGCGCGACAUGAUGGUCCGGACGAAUUGCAGGCUUUCCUGGACUGCGCACGGAAGGCAGAACACGAUCUGGGAUUGGAUCUGGAAACGCCAUGGUUGCUGGCAACGGACUCCAACAGCAUCAUCGAGCUGGCAUCAGAGCUGCCCGAGGCGAAGACUGGCAAGCUUCGAAUACCGGAGGCACGGGGUCGCGUGCACAUCGACCGAUCGGGCAUGGAGGAAACGCUCAGCGGUGCAGCGGCAAAUUACGGGGAGUGGCUGCUGUUCGGCCGUGCGGCUGCUGUUGUUCUAUCUAGAAGCUACUUCGGCGAAACGGCUGCCGAAGUUGGGCGUGUCCGUCAUGCGUAUUUUGCACCCGGAGGCGGCUGCGUACGAACGGAUCUGAGCUCCUCCUAG